GGCCGGUCCGGGGAAGCCGGCCCGGGUGCGCGCGGUGCUCUGUGGGAAGUUGGAGGAGCGGGCGGGCGGAGGGAGGCGCGGACUCCGGAGCCGCCGCCCCCUGAGGAGCCGCAGCGCAGCGGAGGACUGAGAACCCAAAGCUCAGAAGUGACUCAACAUGUCCCAGUCGGGCGAUAAAAAGCUUCCUUCGGAGACGGCGGGCUACGUGGGAUUUGCUAAUCUGCCCAACCAGGUGCACAGGAAGUCUGUCAAGAAGGGGUUUGAAUUCACCCUCAUGGUGGUUGGUGAAUCCGGCUUGGGAAAAUCCACCUUGAUCAACAGCCUGUUCUUGACGGAUCUGUACCCGGAACGCUACAUUCCUGGCGCUGCAGAAAAAAUUGAGAGAACGGUUGAGAUCGAAGCAUCCACGGUGGAGAUCGAGGAGCGAGGAGUGAAACUCCGGCUGACGGUGGUCGACACGCCGGGAUAUGGAGACGCCAUUAACAGUCAAGACUGCUUCAAAACUAUCAUUUACUACAUCGAUAAUCAGUUUGAACGGUACCUUCAUGACGAGAGUGGGUUGAACAGGCGCCAUAUUGUGGACAACCGUGUCCACUGCUGCUUUUAUUUCAUCUCCCCUUUUGGUCACGGGCUGAAGCCCUUGGAUGUGGAGUUCAUGAGAGCACUUCACAGCAAAGUGAACAUUGUGCCAGUGAUUGCCAAGGCAGACACCCUGACGCUGAAGGAGCGUGAGAGGCUGAAGCACAGGAUCCUCGAUGAAAUCUCUGAACAUGGCAUUCGCAUUUAUCACUUGCCCGAUGCAGACUCUGAUGAAGAUGAGGAGUUCAAAGAACAAACCAGAGACCUGAAGGCCAGCAUUCCGUUUGCUGUCAUUGGCUCUAACCAACUCAUUGAGGUCAAAGGGAAAAAGAUCCGGGGCCGCCUGUACCCUUGGGGGGUGGUAGAGGUGGAGAAUCCGGAACACAACGACUUCCUAAAGCUGCGCACUAUGUUGGUGACGCACAUGCAGGAUCUCCAAGAGGUGACCCAGGACCUGCACUAUGAGAACUUCCGCUCAGAGAGGCUGAAGCGGAGCGGCGGGCCAGAUGGGGAGGAGGUGGUGGACAAGGAUCGGAUCCUCCAGCAGAAGGAGGCUGAGCUCCGAAGGAUGCAGGAGAUGAUUGCGCAGAUGCAGGCCCAGAUGCGGAUGAAGCCUGGGGAUGAGUGAGAGCCUCUGGGACGGCAGCACGAGGUCCGGACGCUGCCUUUGGAAAUGGCACAUGCUCUGGGAGGCGUUAAUAGUGCUAGUCACCCAGCAGAUGCCACCUCCCGACGGAGCCGCCGGACGAGCCAGGGAGCAUGGCCCAUCCUGGGGAUCCUCUAACCAAAAAGCAAGCUACUAAAGCGCAGCCCGUGCCGCCUCCUUCCUCUGCCCUUUGCUAACCGCUGUCACGCUUUCUCUAACGGAACUCUCGCUCCCUCCUUGUGGAGCUUCUUUUCUCAGAAGCCCUGACUCACUCUGCACCAGCUCCUGGCUUUAUGGUAAACUCAUAGGAAAACAGGCUCCGUGCCCACGCUGCUCGUUCCCGAGGGAGCCGGGCCCCCUCGGGCCUUCCACGGCGGGUUCCCCGCCCGCUCCAUCCCACACUUCCAUUCCUGAUGUUUUCCCACAAACAAAUGGACAGAUCCAAAAGCGCGUAGAGAUAUGUGGAUAGAGAUCGACAGAAAUAUCCGCUGUGUCCUUCCGCCCGUCUGGGGCCAGCGUUCCCUCCCUCAGACCUGGGACGCUGGGCCCAGCUGGGAGUGCGAGGCAGGCUGGCUCCCAGCGCUGCCCCUAGUGCCUUGGGUGUAAACCCUCGGGGGUGGGCAUGCUGCCCACCUCACCCUGGUGCCUUCUUUCCCUCAGGAUGCCUUCUCACUCGGCCAACUCUUUCUAGGAACGGUGCUGCCUGAGCUGCCCUGGGGCCGGCCUCCCCUUGCCCACCUGCAGACGUUUCGGGGAUCUUGUCUUAAAAACCUCCCCGGGGACCACACACUAGUCUUGCCACGGGUUUAUGAGUUAAGCCGACCUCCCACUCCCUCAGUCACAGGCCCACUGCCCUUCUGCCAUUUCCUCUUCCUCCCCCCACUCUCCCUGACCUGGGAAACAGGCAGUGCCCGCACAUCCCUGCCGAAGGAACCAGGGCCCCCUCCCACAAUGAGCCGGACCAGGCCUUCAACCCUCGGGGAGUCGGGGGAGCGGAGGAACUCCUGCUUCCUGGGAGCAUAUCCGCCCCGGGUUGUUUGGGGCCUGUUGUUGCAGAUGGUCUGAGCCCAGGGCGGGCCGGCUUUGUGCCCUCCUGCUUUCCCGCUCCUUCUUCCGCCUUUCCUUCAGUGCUCUGGCCUAGGACGGUACUUGGACGAUUCCCCAGGCAGGGGCCCGCGGUACGUGUCGUGCCAUGGGAAUGCCGUGGUGCUCUAACCCCGACUUGCGUGUAACCAGGCCCGCCUCCUGCCUCUUGUGACUCUGCGGAAUAUACUUAACUUCAUUAAAAAGUUGCUGGCUCACGGUGCA